UAUCCAGUCCUCAAAAGAGUCCAAGCGAAAUGGCGCUGCCGCGCGCGUGCGGCGCACGUACCUCACCGCCGGCGCCGAUCCUUCAAUCCCGGCCGUUCAUCUCCUCCCAUCUAACCUUCUCCGGUACGUUCUCCCGCAGGGCCAUCUCAAGGUCCUACAAGCAUCCACAAUCUCUUCUUUGCCGCUGCUCCUCCUCCUCAUCCUCGUCCUCGUCCUCCUCCGCCGCCACUGAUGGCUGCUCCGAUUGGGACUGGAAUCGAUGGAGCCGCCAUUUCUCUGAGACUGACCAGGCGGAGAACUUCUCUUCCGUUCUUAAGUUUCAACUUGAAGAUGCAAUUGAGAAAGAGGAUUUUUUGGAAGCUGCUAAAUUGAAGAGAGCAAUAGCGGAAGCUACUUCAAAGGAUGUGGUAGCUGAAGUUAUGUCUGAAUUGAACAAUGCUAUUGAAGAAGAGCGGUACCAUGAUGCAUCCAGAUUAUGUAGGAUUGCGGGGACUGGUUUGGUAGGAUGGUGGGUGGGUUGGUCAAUGGAUUCAGAUGAUCCGUUUGGUCGAAUAGUGAGAAUAGCUCCAGCUUUGGGAAGAUUUGUAGCCAGGAGUUACUAUCCAAGACAACUGAUUACUGGAUCUCCAGGGACUCCAUUGUUUGAAAUCUUUCUUGUUAAAAAUGAUGAUGGGUCGUACAUAACGCAGGUCGUAUACCUGCAGUCGGUGAAAGGGAAUUCAAUGGUUUCAACAUUGGCAUCAGGUACUACUGAUGGCUCACCCAUGGCUGACUCUAAUAGCUCAACUCUAGAAAGCAAUUUGGUCAAUGAAGGUGCAGUAGAGAAAAAUAGCGAUGAUGAUAAACCGCAGGAUACAACAGAAAAGAGCAAUGAUGAUGCAAAGGUUAAGGAUGCUAAUGAAGAAGGCUUAAAGAGUGUUAUUGAUUUUUUCAAGGAAAGAAUUCCUGGGUUCAAGGUUAAAGUCAAUGUGAGUGGUUCAGAGGAUGUCAAAGUGAAUGCAGAUUCUUUGGAGCAGUUAAUGCAAGAAGAUGUUGUGAAGAAUGCAUCUCCUGAGGUUUCUGAGGAUGAGGUCAGUAGCGUGGAUGAUUUCCAACGAGAAGAUUCAGCUGGUGAUGAUACUGAUUCCAAUGAAGAAAACAAAAAUACAGCCAUGAAGGUUAUUAUUGGUGGCGUGCUUCAUAACAAAGAGGAUGUCUUGUCGAAAUCCUACAUACGCCUUCCUGCAAAAAUAAAUGAUAUGGAGAAGGAUUUAUUUACGCUACACAUUCCAAGCAGAAGCAGUAAUUCAGAUGCUGGGGAAAGAAGAUCUGCCAAAAUCAAAAUUGCUGCAAUUGCUGCCCAAGCAGCUUCUGACCUUAUGCCUCCUGAUGUCGCAAAAGGACUUCUGAGCGCUGACAAAGUUUCUUCGAAGGUUUCUAGAGAUCUCCGGGAGGUGGUUAAGCUUGCAGUCAGCCAAGCACAGAGAAGAAACAAACUGCCUAGGACCACUAUCUUUAACCGGAUCACCACUGAUAAUGAUAGUUUGGAUCCUUUUGAUGGUUUAUAUGUGGGAUCUUUUGGUCCCUAUGGCAUUGAGGUGGUACAGUUGAGACGCAAAUUUGGCCACUGGAAUGACACAGAUGAAACAAGCAAUGGAUCAGAUGUUGAAUUUUUUGAGUAUGUUGAAGCAGUAAAGUUAACCGGAGAUUUAAAUGUUCCUGCUGGGCAGGUUACUUUUCGUGCCAAAAUUGGAAAAGGAAGCCGCCUUGCUAACCGGGGAAUGUUUCCUGAUGAGCUUGGCGUGGUAGCAAGUUACAAAGGUCAAGGAAGAAUAGCAGAACCUGGAUUCAAGAAUCCACAAUGGGUUGAAGGACAACUUCUCCAACUAAAUGGCAAGGGAUUAGGACCACAUAUCCGGGGCAUGGAGCUGGGCUUUCUUUACGUCGUCCCUGAGCAUAGCUUCUUAGUGCUGUUCGAUCGGUUGAGGCUCCCCGACUAAACUUAUCAAGUUCUCCACGGAUUUUUUUGUCGAUGCAGAGGAGGCCGAGAAUGCAUAUAUUUCUUCUACAAACAUCAAUUUUCCCUUGAUGAUCAUGUACAUCCCAGUUACCUCAUUAUACGUUGUUUUAGCUUUCUGUUUUAAGCAAGGCAAUAUAUGUAAUCUCAGGAAAGUGUUUUGGAGUCUAUGAAUAGACCUUAUCAGUAAUAACAACAUUCCAUCUUUUUGAUUUA